GGCGCAGUGGUCCCCGCGGGCUUGCGCGCGCACUCGCUGCGGGACAAGCUUCUGGAAGCUCUUUGCGGUGGCGUUGGUGUUGUUUGCGGAUGCUGGUGCAGUUUCUGCAGGACUGUAAACUGGAUUCCUGGAACCUUUGAUAUUCCUGGCUGUAUAUAGUGCCUGUUGGUGGACUGUACUGAUACUCAACUAGAGUGUGAAGGGACUGGAUUCCUGCCCCUGAGACACAGCGCAAGCUGUAGUGCCCUUGAACAAGAUGACAGCCAUCUCACCAGACUCUCAAACUCUGGCCUCGACUGAACAAAAUGAGGUCCCAAGAGUGGUUACUUCUGGAGAACAAGAAGCUAUUUUAAGAGGAAAUGCUGCUGAUGCAGAGUCUUUAAGACAGAGAUUUAGGUGGUUUUGUUACUCAGAAGUAGCUGGACCCAGGAAAGCUCUGAGUCAACUCUGGGAGCUCUGCAAUCAGUGGCUGAGACCAGACAUUCACACGAAAGAACAGAUUUUAGAGCUUCUGGUGUUUGAGCAGUUCCUGACCAUUUUGCCUGGGGAGAUCAGGAUUUGGGUAAAGUCGCAACAUCCUGAGAGUAGUGAGGAAGUGGUGACCCUAAUAGAAGAUUUGACCCAGAUGCUUGAAGAAAAAGAAGAUCCAGCCUCUCAAGAUUCUACUGUUUCCCAAGAGGAGAACUCAAAAGAGGAUAAAAUGGUCGCUGUUUGUCCCAAUACUGAGUCCUGUGAAUCUAUAACAUUGAAGGAUGUAUCUGUGAACUUUUCAAGAGGAGAGUGGAAGAAGCUGGAGCCUUUUCAAAAGGAGCUAUAUAAGGAAGUGCUUCUGGAAAACCUCAGGAACCUAGAAUUUCUGGACUUUCCAGUUUCAAAAUUAGAGUUGAUUUCCCAGCUGAAGUGGGUUGAAUUGCCAUGGCUGCUGGAAGAAGUCUCAAAAUGCUCCCGACUAGAUGAAUCAGCUUUAGAUAAAAUAAUAGAAAGAUGCCUCAGGGAUGAUGAUCAUGGCUUGAUGGAAGAAUUCCAGCAAUAUUGUGGCAGCUCAGAGGAGGAUCACGGUAAUCAGGGAAAUUCAAAAGGAAGAGUCACACAAAACAAAACUCUUGGGAGUGGCAGUAGGGGUAAGAAAUUUGACCCAGAUAAAAGCCCCUUUGGACAUAAUUUCAAAGAAACUUCAGACUUAAUUAAACAUCUGAGAGUCUACUUGAGGAAGAAAUCUCGGAGGUAUAAUGAAAGCAAGAAACCCUUCAGUUUUCAUUCAGACCUUGUUCUGAACCGCAAGGAGAAAACCACCGGAGAAAAGUCACGGAAAUCUAAUGAUGGUGGGAAAGUCCUGAGUCACUCUUCAGCUCUUACUGAACAUCAGAAACGUCAGAAGAUUCAUUUGGGGGAUAGGUCCCAAAAAUGCAGUAAGUGUGGGAUAAUCUUUAUUAGAAGAUCAACUCUUUCUAGGAGAAAAACCCCUAUGUGUGAGAAAUGUCGGAAAGAUUCAUGUCAAGAAGCAGCCUUAAAUAAAGAUGAGGGAAAUGAGACUGGAGAAAAAACUCAUAAAUGUAGUAAGUGUGGAAAAGCUUUUGGCUAUAGCGCCUCACUCACCAAACAUCGGAGAAUUCACACUGGAGAAAAACCCUAUAUGUGUAAUGAAUGUGGAAAAGCUUUUAGUGAUAGUUCAUCGCUCACACCACAUCAUAGAACUCAUAGUGGAGAGAAACCCUUCAAAUGUGAUGAUUGUGGGAAAGGUUUCACCCUAAGUGCUCACCUCAUUAAACAUCAGAGAAUUCAUACUGGAGAAAAACCUUAUAAAUGUAAAGACUGUGGGAGACCCUUUAGUGACAGUUCAUCUCUUAUUCAACAUCAGCGAAUUCAUACUGGAGAAAAACCCUAUACAUGUAGCAAUUGUGGAAAGUCCUUCAGUCAUAGCUCAUCCCUUUCCAAACAUCAGAGGAUUCAUACUGGAGAGAAACCCUAUAAAUGUGGCGAAUGUGGAAAAGCCUUUAGGCAGAAUUCAUGCCUUACCCGACAUCAGAGAAUUCACACUGGAGAAAAACCGUAUUUGUGUAAUGAUUGCGGAAUGACUUUUAGCCAUUUUACAUCUGUGAUUUAUCAUCAAAGACUUCAUUCAGGAGAAAAACCCUACAAAUGUAACCAGUGUGAGAAAGCCUUCCCAACCCAUUCACUGCUUAGUCGUCAUCAGAGAAUUCAUACUGGUGUAAAACCUUAUAAAUGUAAAGAAUGUGGGAAGUCCUUCAGUCAGAGUUCAUCUCUUAAUGAGCACCACCGAAUUCAUACAGGAGAGAAACCCUAUGAGUGUAACUAUUGUGGUGCAACCUUUAGUCGAAGCUCAAUCCUUGUAGAACACCUAAAAAUUCAUACUGGAAGGAGAGAAUAUGAAUGUAACGAAUGUGAGAAGACAUUUAAAAGUAAUUCAGGCCUCAUUAGACAUCGGGGAUUUCACUCUGCAGAGUAAUCCUGGAACUACAUUAAAGUGGGGGGAAUUUAAUUCAAAUUGUCAGUUACUGAACCCCUGGGAUGUAAACUUACAGUAUUGAUCAGUAGCUGCAACUUUCAUAAAUUGGCAAUUAGGAAAAAUAUUCUUUUGCCCAUUCAUCCCUCUUCUUUUCAAGGAUGGCAAUGACUGGUAAACAGUAAUUAGUUGGUAAAGUCACUGGAAAGGGAAGAAUGCAAAAUGAUUCUGAGGCCAAACGAAUUGGAAAAGCUCUUUUCUUCAGGGGAUUUCUCUCUGAUUUCUUCCACUACCAUGUAGUGUGAUGGAAAGAGAACUUGACUGCAGUCAGAUAACUUGGAUUCUGUCCCAGUUUACCAACCAACUUGCUGUAUACACCUUGGACAAGUCAUUUGACCUUUCAGAAUUUUAUUUUCGUCACCAGCAGAAUGAAGGGAUGGGACUAAUGAUUUUUGCCUUUUUUGGUUUUUUAGUUUUUGUUUUUUUGGUAUUCAUGAUAAUCUCUGAAGCUAUGGACAUAAGUUGUUUUUUUUUUUAUUUGUCAUUACUUUCAAAUUUCUCUAGUAAAAAAUACCAGUAUUCAGGAUGCUGGACUUCUUUUCUUUUCCUUUUUCUUUUUUUUUUCAAUUUUUCUUUUUUGGGAUGGAGUCUCACUAUGUUGUCCAGACUGGUCUUGAACUCCUGGGCUCAAGUGAUCCUUCCAUCUCAGUUUCCUGAGUAGCUGACAUUACGGGUACACUCCACCAAGCCUGGUUCCUAGGAUGCUGGACUUCUAGCUUAGUGAGAAUGCAGUAUACUUUUUGAAAACUUUGUGCAGGAAUCCCUCAAAUGCUGUAACUAGGAAUGGGUCAGUGAAGUUCAAAUGACUUUUUCUUGAGGGAGUAUUUUAAUUGGACAAGGGAACUCUUUUUCUUUUGGGCAUUGGCCAACGGGACUGGGAAGCCAGAGAGCUUGCACCUGAGCCAUCUCAGCCAUGAGAGUAACAGUCCUAGGAAAAUAGAUGGGGGCUGGGGGUAAGGAAAUGUGCUGAAGACAGAGCUGUUCUGGAUGGAUUUUAGUUUGCAAAAAUUCUACUUUAAAACAAUUUUGCCUGUAGCAAGUACAUUUUUUUGCAAUUGGAGUGUAAACAUUCUGUAUGGCAACAGUUAAAAGCUGUUCUAACAAUUUGCUUGGGGGGUGUGUGUGUGCAUGUGCGUGUGUGUGUGUGUGUGUGUGUGUGUGUGUGUGUGUGUAUACAUUGUUGCCACUAUCUAAAAUUAGGGCGUUUCAUACUAAAAACAAAGCUUGUCUUAAAAAAAUUAUAAGGGCUAACAACACUGGGCUUAUAUUUCUGUAAAGCACUCAGCUUGUCCUGGGUAGCAGCUGCCACCUUUUGAUGGGGAAUCGACUUUCUGACUUAGCUAGUUCUCUCAUGUAUGUAACCUGACUUUCCCACUGUAUGAAUGUUCUAUUAUAACCCCAUUUGGAGAAUAGAUAUAACCCCAUUUGGAGAAUAGAUAUAACCCCAUUUGGAGAACAGAUAUAACCCCAUUUGGAGAAUAGAUUCCCACGGUAUGAAUGUUCUAUUAUAACCCCAUUUGGAGAAUAGAUACCCUAAAAUCUAAAGAGCCCACUGAUAGCAAGUAAAGUUCAGGGAAUGAAUGUAGAAUUGAUACAGAAAAAAGUUUCAGUUAAGUUUUCUUUUGUGAAAUUAGACUUCAGAGUAAUAGAAUAUACGGGUAUUGGUGGAUUAUUCCUUAUAAAUUUCAUUGGUGGAGUCUGAAUAAUAAUUUCCAACAGAAAAAGGAACUUAAGGCCCUGAAUGAGUGAGUUUUUGGCUUCAGGUCAUAGGGUUCUGGAAGAACCCCAUGGACUCAACAGUGGUCUAGAAAUAAGUUCCUAAAGUUGAAAUUGUAGGCAGCUCCUAUGAAAAGAGAGCUAAACCAGAAAACUCUUGGCUUAUGGAAGUAAAGCGAUCCUUAAUGCUGAUCUUAGACUCAGGAACAUUUACUGUGACUAAUGUAUGUAGGUGUGAAAUGCUACCUCUGGGAGAAGGUUUUUGGUGCCUCCCCAACCCCAAGCCUGCAGUUUAAAUAUUGCUGUGUGAUAAAUUGGUCUGCAUAGUUACUGCUAAGCAGACCAACGAAUCAUAUUCUAGCCAUGAAAGGAAUAUUUAUUAUGAGAAUCAUUCAUAAUGGUUUUAAGUUUUUUUCUGAAAAAUAUAAUUUAUAGAAAGAGUUGAAGAAAUACGUAAAAGUCUUCAGAAGAGGCUUGUUCCAAGAUGAUUACUCUUAGACUCCCUAACAUUCAUAACAGUGUUUUAUCCCAGUGUCCAUUGGGAAUCUGGAGUAUAAACUUUUUUUUAAAGGAAUUUAUUGAGGUACAAAUUACAUAUCAUUAAAACCAUUUCAAGUGUACAAUUCAGUGAGUUUUAGUAAAUAUGCUGAGUUGUGCAACCAUUACCAUAAUCCAUUUUUUAGAACAUCAUCCAAGUAAGAUCCGUUAUUCCAGUUUACAGUUAAUCUCCCUUCCAACCUCUAAUCCCAGGCACCCACUACUCAGUCUACUUUGUGUCUCUAGAGUUGUCUUUUUCUGUACAUUUUAUGUUAUAUGUGAUCUUUCUGUGUUUUUUUCAUUAAUGUGUUUUAAGUUCAUCCAUGUUGUAACAUACUAGUACUUUAUUCCUUUUUAUCAUAAAUAAUAUUACAUUAUGUGGAUGCUUUGUGCAUUCACUAGUUGAGGAGCAUUUGAGGUUGUUCCAGUUUUUGCCUGGUAGGAAUAAUGCUGCUUUGAACAUUGGUAUGCAAGUGUUUUGAACGUUAGUGUGCAAGUCUUUGUGUGGACAUGUUUUCAUUUUUCUUAGGCAGUUGCCUGAGGGGAGUUGCUAGGUCAUACAGUAAAUUUUUGUUUUACUUUGUUAGGAAACUGCCAAAUUGUUUUCCAAAGUGACCGCAUUAUUUUACAUUCUGACUAGUAAUUUGUGGGGGUUCCCAUUUGUCUACAAUCUUGCCAGUCAUUGUUGUCUGUUUUUUAAAAAUUAUACCCAUCCUAGUGUUUGAAAUGAUAUUCCUUUGUGGUUUUAACUUUGAUUUUCCUGAUGGCGAAUAAUGUCAAAGCAUCUUUUAUGUGCUCUUCAGCCAUUCAUGUAUCUUAGUGAAAUGUUUAUUCAGAUUUUUUGUCCAUUUGAAAUUAGAGUUUGCUGAUAUUGUGUUGUAGUCCUUUUUAUUCUGGAUAUAAGUCCUUUAUCCAAUAUGAACUUUCUAAAUACCAUGUACUAGCUACAGAGGGCAGCCUCAAACUCUGUUGGAUAAUAUUUAUCAAAGUCUUGAUUUCAGUGGUUAAGUCUGUAUAAUUGCCCGCAGGACAUUCAGUCUGGCCCAUCACCCAAAUAUUUAAAUUCACUUUUGGAUUAAGUCAGAUUAUCAAAAGGCUUUAAACAUCUUUUGAUUCAUUAUAAGAUUGCUUUUAUGAAGAGCACUGUGACACAUUUUACUUUAAAAUGAAGUCCUUGCUUUAAAUAAUGUUUCCUCUUAAUGAGCUUGUAUAAAUUUUUUUCAUGUCACAGGACAAGGCAAGGUUUUGGUCAAUAAAGUCAUUUUAUUUAUUUUCGAAUUAUUUUUUAAUGUACUAAAAUAUAUAUAGCAUAAAAUUAACCAUUUAAACACUUUUUGGUUAUACAACUCAGUAGCAUUUAGAUAGAUGCACAUUUUGUGCAGUCAUCACCACUAUCUAUCUCCAGAACUUUUUCAUCAUCCCAAACUGAAACUCUGUACUCCUUAAACAGUAACUCCCCAUUUUCUCCUCCUCAGGCUCCUGGUAACCACUGUUCUACUUCCUGUCUGUACAAAUUUGACUGUUCUAAUUACUUGGUAUGAAUGAAAUAAUACAAUAUUUGCCCUUUUGUGUGUGGCUUAUUUCACUUAGCAUUAGGUUUUCAAGGUUCGGCCAUGUUGAAGCACAUAUCAGAAUUUAAUUCCUUUUUAAGGCUGAAUAAUAUUCCAUUUUACUUGUAUACCACAUUUUGUUUAUCCUUUUAUCUGCCAAUGGACAUUGAAGGUGUUUCCACCAUUUUGGCUAUCAAGAAUAACAUUGCUAUAAUCAAUGGUGCUUUCUUUUAAGUAUACACCUAGAAAUGGAAUUGCUGGAUCUUAUGAUUCUAUGUUUAACUUCUUGAGGAAGUGCAACUACACUAUUUUAAAUUCCCACCAGCUAUGUACAAGGGUUUCAAUAUCCCCGCCCUUGCUAACACUUAUUUUCUAUUUCUUUUUUAUAAUAGACAUCCUAAUGGGUUUGAAGUGGCAUCUUAUUCUAGUUUUGUUCUGCAUUUCCCUAGUGAUUAGUGAUGUUAACUCUCUUUUUAUGUGCUUAUUGACCAUUUGUAUCUCUUCUUUGGAGAAAUGUUUAUUGAAGUCCUUUGCCCAUUUUUUAAUUGGUUUUGUUGCCGUUGUUGUUUAGUUGUAGAAGUUCUUUAUAUAUCCAGAAUAUUAAAGAACUUUUCAGAUAAAUGAUUUGCAAAUACUUUCUUCCAUUCUGUAUGGGUUGCCUUUUCAUUCUGUUACUAAUGCCCUUUGAAAAAAGGUUUUAAUUUUGGUGAAGUUCAAUUUUUCAAUUUUUUGUUUUGUUCCCUGUGCUUUUCUGGUCAUACCCAAGAAACCAUGGCCAAAUCCAAUGUCAUGAAGCUUUUCUCCUGUUCUAGGAGUUUUAUAGUUUCAGGUCUUAUGUUUAAGUCUUUUAACGAUUUUGAUUUUUAUGUAUGGUAAAGGGUCCAUCUUCAUUCUUUUGCAUGCGAAUAUCCAGUUUUCCCAGCCCCAUCUGUUGAAGAGACUAUCCUUUCCACAUCAUGUAUUCUUUGCACUCUUGUCAAAGAUCAUUUGACCCUAUACAUGCAUGUUUAUUUCUGGCUGUCUACUCUGUUCCUUUGGUCUAUAUGUUUGUCUUUAUGCCAGUACCAUGCUAUUUUGAUUACUCCAGUAAUGUUCUGUAAUCAGGAUUACACUAUGUUUCCUGUAGUACGUUUUUGAAAUGAGGAAGUGUGAGGCCUCCAGCUUUGUUCUUUUCCAAAUUGUUUUGGCUAUUCGGGGGUCCUUAAGAUUUCAAAUGAAUUUUAGGAUGGUUUGUUUGUUUUUGUGGAAAAUGGCAUGGAGAUUGGGCUUGCAUUGAAUUUGUAGAUGGCUUUGGGUAAUGUGGACAUAUUAACAAUAUCAAACAUUACAGUCUGUGAACCCAAGGUGUCUUUCCAUGUAUUUGUGCCAUCUUUAAUUUUUUUCAGCAAUGUGUUAUAGUUGUGAUUGUACAAGCCUUUUGCCUCCUUGGUCAAGUUUAUUCUUGAGUGUUGUAUUGUUUUUGAUGCUGUUGUAAAUGGGUCUUUGUUAGUGAAGCAUAACUGAGUUUCGAGUGUUGAUUUUGUAUCUUGCAACUUUGCUGAAUUUGUUUAUUAGUCAUAAUAGUUUCUUGUGAAAUUUUUGGGAUUUUAAAAUAUAAGAUUAUGGCAUCUGCAAAUAGAUAAUUUUUCCUGCUUCCUAAUUUGGAUGGCUUUAACUUGCCAAUUGCUCUGGCUAGGACUUCUAGUACUGUGUUGAAUAGAAGUAGCAAGAGCAGGCAUCUGUGCCUUUUCCUGAAAUGCUUUCCAUUUUAUAUCAUUCUGUAUGAUGUUAGCUGUGGUCUUUUCAUAUUUGACCUUUAUUAUGUUAAGGUAAUUUCCUUUUAUUGAUAAAUUGUUUGAAGGACAGUUUUGCUGGAUAUAGAAUUCUCAGUUGACAGUUUUUUUUUUUCUUUCUGCACUAAGAGUAUAACAACGCCACAGCCUUCUGGCUUCCAAGGUUUUUGAUGAGUAAUCAACAGUCUCACUGAGGAUUUCUUUUAUGUGAUGAUUUGAGGAUUUCUUUUAUGUGAUGAUUUGCUUCUCUCUUGAUGCUUUUGAGAUUCUCCUUUUGUCUUUGGAUUUCAACAGCUUGAUUAUAACUUGUCUUGGUGUCUCUGUGGGGUGAGGGUAGGAGUCAAUUGCAGUGCUUGUUGCCAUAGUUCAGAACCUGUACCACAAAGACCCUUCCAGUUCUGUAGAAUGGUUUAUUGCUUUAUUAUCAGUGCAACAGAGAGUCACUGGAGGUUCUCUGUGUGUGUGAGUGUAUAAAUAAAGAUUUAAUUUUGUUUUGCUCUUUUGUUUUCCCCUCGGAAUAGUUUAUCAGAUGAGAAAUUUCUUGAUCACUGGGGAGAAAUAUCUUACAAUUCUGAAAACACACUGUCAAAAUGCUUUUCAUAAAAUGUAGCAUAUUUUAGGGUUUCUCCCUUGUGUGGAAAUGUUAGUGUCUAUAAUAAAGGUCUGAACUAAGAAAGCUUCUCUCAAGCCAGAACACAUGUGAGGUUCCUCUGCUGAAUGUAUCUUUUGGUGCUCAGUAAGUUGUGAUUUCUAAACAAAGUGUUUUUCACCCUGAGAAAUUGGUGAGAUGUCUCUCUCUCAGAGUCUUUUUUAUGAAGUCUGAUAUUGAGAGGUUCUUCCAGGUUGGAGUCCUCAGGUCUCUCUCCCUUGUAGAUUAUCAGAGUGGGUCAAUAAUCUACAAGCUUUGCUAAACCUACCUGUAGCUCUUCUGGGGUGGCGGCGGUGGUGGUGGUGGUGGCAGCGGCAGGGUUCCCUGUUGAUUUUCUAAAUGUUUAUAGUCCUUUUGUAAAGUGGACCUUUGCUUUCUAAGGUAAUGGUGAAUGAUACAUAUUCCCUUCAUUUUUCUGCUUUGAAGCUUCAAUCUUCUUCAUUUUCUCUUUUGAUCUGUCAACACAAUCGGAACCUUUACCUCUUUGAGCAUCUUUAAGGCAGUUGCUUUAAAGUCUGUCUAGCGAGUCAAUGUUUGGUCUUCCUCAUGUCCAUUUUUGGUUGGUUUAUUUUGUGCCUUUGAAUGGUCCAUACUUGUUUCUUUGUAUGCAUUGUGAUUGUUUUUGUUGACAACUAGACAUUUGAAUUUUAUAAUGUGGCAGCUCUGGAAAUCAGAUUAUUCCUUUUUCCCCAGGGUUUAUUUUUUGUUUUUUGUGUUGUGUGUUUUUUGUUUUCGUUUUUGUUUUACUGUCAUAGGCUGUCUCUGUGCUAGGGAUCAGCCUGUGUUGAAUGCCUAAAGUUGUCUCAAUUCUUUUCAGAACCUGCGUUUUUCCCUGGGCAGGGGCAAUGACUUUCUGAAUUCUCCUAGAUACUCAGUUUUUUGAAUGUCCAGAAAAACAGGUGUCAUCCCUUUUUUCUCCUGGAAGCCACUUUAGCCAGUUGGGGGUUGGGAGAAUGGUAGCUUGCUUCUUUGUCUGCUCUUUCUCUGUGAUCAGAAGUAGAUAUCUGCAAUCAGAACCCUGCUAUUUGGAGGAAGUGGCCUUUAUUGUCCACCCUGGCUGCAGCAAGCUGAUCCAGAAAUGUGGGGUUGUGUCUCCACAGCUGCCUGCCAUGGAGUGGGUGGGGAUGGGUAGCUGCUACUUCAGUGAAGGCUGAAAUCCACCAAUGUUAACUGCAAUUUACCAGUCAGGAUUUCCCCUAGAAGCUACAAGUGUUCAGAUGGACUCAUGUGCUCCCAAAAUAAUCACUUUAGGAACUUUCUGCCGAUGUAAUUAUUAUCUAGGUGGAGAGGUGGAUUCCUGGGCCACUCUCUCCAUGUCUUUGAUUUUUCCUACUUUCUUGAAGAUUUCUUCAACUUUAUCUUCCAGCUCUACUAUUAAAUGUUGUGAAUGUUUUUAUCUCUGCUGUCAUAUUUUUAUUUCCAAGUGCAUUAUCUGAUUCUUUGUUCCUUUUUUCUAAUUGGUUUUAUUUCAUAGGUGAAAUAUUUUUUCUCUGAGCAUGUUAAUUAUAGUGUCUUUCUGUGUUAUUCUGCUCCCUGCAUUAUCCCUGUUUCCUUUGAGUUGUUUUUACCUGUUUUCUGUCUCUCACACUGGAGGCUUUCCUGAAGCCUCUGGUGAUCUUUGACUAUUUAUAUUUAAGAGCAGGGCUCUAAAAAGCUGAUUGGAAGGUGUUUUAGGUACUUCAGCACCAUCCAGCAGUAAUAUAAUGUGAGCCACAUACAUAAUUUCAAAUUUUCCAGUAGCCACUUUUAGAAAAUAAAACAGGUAAAAUUAAAAAUGUAUUUUGCUUCACCCAAUAUAUCCAUAAUAUUAUUUCAUUAUGUAAUCAAUGUAAAAAAUUAUUGAGACAUUUUGUUUUUUUGCACUAUUUUUGAAAUCUGGUAUAUAAUGUGUUACAGCAUGUCUAAAUCUACACACAAAAUUUUCAUUUGUAAUACGUAACUCACAUUUAGAUUUAUAAAACGUAGAGUUGAUAAGUAGAUUCACGUAGUUCUUGCAAACAUACUUUGUUGUUGUUCUAAAUAUACUUAAUUUUCCAAUAACUGAAUCAAGUAUCCAAUUUUUUUUUUUUUUUUUUUUUGAGAUGGAGUCUCACUCUGUUGCCCAGGCUGGAGUGCAGUGGCGCGAUCUCGGCCCACUGCAACCUCCGCCUCCUGGGUUCCAGCGAUUCUCCUGCUUCAGCUUCCCCAGUAGCUGAGAUUACUGAUGCACACUGCCAUGCCUGGCUAAUUAUUUUAGUAGAGGGGGGGUUUCACCGUGUUGCCCAGGCUGUUCUCCAAAUCCUAAGCUCAGGCAAUCUGCCUGUCUCGGCCUUCCGAAGUGCCGGGAUUACAGGUGUGAACCGCCGCACACAACCCCAAUUUUUUUUGAUAUUUGUAUCCACAUUAACAAAACUCUUAUUAGAAAAAUUCAUUUAAUAUCUAGGCAAAAUUAUAUCACUUUCAAAACUUUUUAAGUAAAUUCAGUAAUUCAUAUCAAUUCAGUUUAUUAGCAUCAAAUUUGAUGAAGCAUUGCAUAAAUGGAAACAAAACAGUUUAUCAAUACAAUAUCAUUCUUCAGAUUUUAUUUUUUGCAGCCAUUUAUUAACAUUUAAAAUUUUCUGCAUAUUGACUCAUUUGAAAAAUAUGUGAGUUAUUCUGUUUUAUUUGUAUUAUGAAAUGUUUCUAUUGUAAAUAAAUUACCUGUCUAGCCAGGUCACAAGUUUUUCCCAUUUUAGGAGCUUCAAAUUUAGCUUGUUCAUAUGCAGCGUGAUAUUAGGGAGAAAAUGUGAAUCACAGUGCUACUUUUUGUCUUUGAUUGAAUAUUUGGUAACAUUUCUUUUGUUUCAAGGAAAUCUUGAAUUGGAUUUUCUAGUACAGGAAAUCCUUAUAAAAUUCUUUUGUAUGUCAUCCAAGUAACAUUGGUAAAGAAACAAGAUCAUUAGAUACAUUGCCUUUUUUUUUCAGAAGUUUCAUAAACUGUUAGCAUUCUAUAGCUUUUGUGCAUAUAUACUGAAGAAUUAUAACACAUGUAUCCAUGACUCGUUUCUUGGAGUCUGCUUCAGAAAAUUGAACACAAAUAUUUUCAGUAUGUAUCAUGCAAUAGAAUAAAGCGAUGAGGGAAAAGUUAUCCUCUUGCUUUAAAAUUCCAACAUGGAUGGUGUUUUGACUUAACUUAGCUGGAGUUCCAUCGUUGUGAUAGAAACUAACUUUUCUGUCUCUAACUGAAAUUCUUUGACAGAUGGAAGAUUGUCAAAAAUAUCUGCCAUGAGUUUCAGCCUUUAGGCAAUGAAUUCACAUUUCAUUGCCUUUACAUGAAUCGACAUUGUAAAUUUGGAGGUUCUUUGAGACAGAAUAUACCCAGAGUUUUCUUUGGGCAGUGUCUUAUAUCAAACAGUUAAUCCAAGGCUAAAGAAAGAUACUUGAAAUUUUUCAAAAUUUGAAUUAAUUGGUCUUUAUUAUUAAAAUAUAAAUAUUCUAUUAGCAAAAAUAUAUUUUGUUCAUAUAUAUCCAAGAGCAAAAUUGUUUAAUGAUUUCACUGACAUUUUCAGUUUUCGUGAAUGUCUUUUAAGGUCUUUUCCUCAUAAUUUUCUAAAUACGAUAAAGUGAUAAUUUCUUCAUCUCUCCAUCUAAGGUUCUUUGUAUAUGCAUGUGUAAGAAGCUAUUUUAUAGCUUGCCAGGUUUACAAACUCAGACCCUUUUAAAAGCUGUUUAAAUUGUUUUGUUAGAAGUUUCACUCGCAGUUCAUAUGAGUAAUUUUGUGUAUUCUUUUUUGACUUACAUUCACUAAAUGGUUGCUAAAAAUUACGUCUUAAAUAUUGUCUUAACUAUUAUCUACUAUGUAUCUUUAACACUUUUGAAUACAACAAACAGCUUUUCCAUUUUGCUCUGCUGCAGUAAAUUGCAAUUGCCAUUCAUCAUUAAAUGUGCACUAUACUGUCUUCUAGUCUUCUUUCUUGACUCUGCCAGUUGUAGUACCAGCUUCUGUAUCUGCACUGAAUUCUGCCUCAGUAAUAUGCCUUUGUUUAAAAUUUAAAUAUUUUUUCAUAUUUUUAACCUAGAAAAUAAUUAUAAUGAAAAUAUUAAGUAUCUCAUUUUAGGAUUCUGAUUUACAUAGGUAUCACUGUAACUUGUGCUGUUUGCAUAGGUAUACUCUAUCUUGUGCUAUCUGCAUAAAAUAUCCAAGUAAACACAUUGUGAUUUUACAUCCGUGCAUAGAAAAAAAAUCAUCUGAACUCAAUCAAUCUGUUGAUACUGACUAGAUUGGUGACGUGUUUACGUGUAACACUAGUGAUAAUGCACGUUCCUGUACAAGCAUUAUAAUACAACAGUGUCCUAUGCCAUGCAGUGGUUAAAGUGAAUUGUAGUUCUAUCAAAAUAAAGAUACGUUUAGUGGAAAAGUA